GGCGGCGGCCGGUCCGCCGCCCGCCCGCCGGUCGCUCAGCCGGGCUGCCGGACCCUCGCCGCGCUGCUCCCUCCGUGGGCCGUGCUCGUUUCUCCGGCCGAUCCUCCGUGGCCCCCGGCAUGCUGAGGGGGUCGCAGCGCCGGGGCGUCGCGGUCUCUUGCGCCGCAGCGCUCGGCGCGCACCGACCGGCUGCGGGAGAAGGAGGAGCUGAACGGCCGCCUGGCCGCUCUGCGUCGAGAAGGCGCGGAGCCUGGAGGCAGAGAACCGCGACCUGAGGCGGCGGCUCGCCGACCACGGCGCGGCGUGCGGCCGCGGGGUCGCCCGAGUGAGGGCGGCGUGCAGCACCUUGCUGGCCGACGCCCGCCGGGUGCUGGACGACAGAGCGCAGGAGGGGGCCGGGCUGCGGGUCGAGCUGAGCAACGCGCAAGCCGAGCGCGACCAGCUCCUGAGCAGCUAUGCAAAACUGCAAUCUGAUCUUAAUGGAGCCCAUGUCAAAUUUUGAGAGUUUGAAGCAGACUUCAAGUCUAAACAAGCUGUGCCGGCCACAACCAUUGGUGAAAAGAAGUAUCUGGAGAGUCAAGAUGAGAAGUUAAACAUUCAAACUGUGCAGCUUAAUUUUUCUUUAGCUAUUGCCAAGGAAGAGCUUGCAAAUGAAAGCUUACUGAAGGUGGAUCUUGAAAACCAUUGUUAGUCUCUCUGAGGACUUGGAAUUCCAUAAAAAGAUGUGUAAGGAGGAUAUCAGUGAAACAAAGAAAUAUGAAAUUUACUUACAUGAGGCUGGUUCUAGUUGUCAAACUGGAAAUGAAAAUAAACUGACUGAAACCCUUCAGAAAGUAAGAGAACUGUGUGAUGCACGAGUGCAGAAGUUCAAAGAGCGGCUUGAGCAGACUUACCGCACCAGAGUGAGAACAUCUUUUCAUACAGUUCUUGAGAAUGCUAGACUGUCCUCUGAGAUGAGCAAUCCUGUAGCCAAAUCAGUAAGAAAACAAUUGACAGCACAUUGCAUGCAAAUUGAUGGUCUGUCUUCCAUUGUCACCGGCCUGCAGAAAGGGGCUAGAGUAUGGCAAGAUAAAGUGCACAAGCUUGAGACUCACUUGGCUAAGGAACAGGAAAAGUAUUUCAAAAUGCUGUGGAAGAACAAGAAGGGAGUCUCAGAGGUGAAAGCCCAGAUGCAGGAGCAGCUGAGUAGCCAACAAAACCUCAUGGAUGUUAAACUGGCACGUGAUGUGGAAAUCAGUGCAUACCAGAAAUUACUGGAGGCUGACAAGGAGAGGUUGAAAAUUGCUCCGAACCCAUCUGCCCAAGUGGCAGAGUCACAGACUUCAUCGAGCUGUGCUGUGCGUACAGAGGAGAGGGUUGACAUGGAGCAGUCUGAAACCAGAAGUGAUGUUAACAUUUUUCACUCAGCUUCUGCCACUGGAAAUCUUUCUAUUGAGGAGAUAGACAUUGAUGGAAAAUUCAUCCACUUGAAGAACACCUCUUGACAGGAUCAACAUGUGGGAGGUUGGGAGAUGACACAGAAAAUAGGAAACACUUCUGCUAGUUACAAAUAUGCCUCAAGAUAUAUACUAAAGGCAAGCCAAAUGGUUACCAUCUGGGCUGCAAAUGCUGGAGUAACUUCUAGCCCUCCCAUUGACCUCAUCUAGAAGAACCAGAAUUCUUGGGGCACUGGUAAAGAUGUGAAAGUUGUACUGAAAAAUUCUCAGGGAGAGAUAAAGUUGCUCAGGGGAAGCACUGUCUUUAAAACAACCAGACAUGAAAGGGAAGAGCAGGAAGUAGAGGAGGAACCAGAUGAAGUUAAGGAGGAAGACCAUCAUGCACAGGAUUUCCUGCAAGCCAGUUGUUUAUGCUUAAGUUUGGCUUAAGCCAGGUACACCUAAAUUUACCCGAAGUUUUGAGAACUUAAAUAUCUCAUUUUCUCUGAUAAAGAAAUUGGGAGAUUUAAAGAUGCCAUUAGAGGAAAAUCUCAUAUGCUGAAGAAAUGCAACUCUGAAGGAAGUAUAACGGUGAGAACUUUCAGUGACAAUAUAAAAUGUUUUGAGAUGUAAUGGAAGAUACUGAGAUAGAAUGUGAACAACCAAAUGUGCUCUGAGUUUUAUCCAUUGCCUUACUGUUUUGACCAGUUCUUUUUUCUUAAAGUAACAAACAUAAGUUCCUGUAAGGCAAUGUUCAAGUUUGCUGCUUUGUCUAAAACUUUUCUACAUUUCACUUAGUAUUUAUCUUAAAGUCAGAAGAGGUAAUAUAGAAUAGUAAUGGAGCGCGUACGUAAACAGACAAAUUGAGAGAGUUGGCUGUGUUGGAAAUUGUGUUUUUUUGGCCUGUAACUGUGGCAUUUAAUAAAGAGUCAGGUUUUUGUUGCAGUUAUGCAAAAGUACUGAA